AAAUCGACCGUCUCAGUGACUGUGUGUCACUGUUGGGUCUGAAAGCAGAAUGGCUGCAGCAAAGGUUGCAUUGUUGCUGCUGUUAGCAGCAAUCGGCUGCAAUGCAGCACCGGCUCCAGAGGAGUGCCAGGGUCUGGCCAAACGGCUGCCCACCAAAAAUCUGCAUGAGAUUUACGGUGAAUGGGUUCUGGUCUGGUCCGUCUCUGACUUUCACGCUGGCCAAGAUUUACUGGGGAACUUAACCAGCUCCCACGUUGAGUUCAGACUCCUUGCUGACAACAAAACAAUCGAGUACCUUGAGAAGAACAAAUUCUCCAAUUCCUGCACCUCCUACUUUAUCAACUUGACGAUUCCCUCUGACGACGGUGAACACCACACAUUGCCCACUCAUUCAAUCAGAGUGGAGAAGGACGGAGUGGAGGUGGAGUGGAACGACCCGGCGAAUGUUGAAUUCUACGAGAGCUGCGACGACUGUCUGCUGAUGACCUUCAAAUCUUCACGGAUGAAAUUCCUGCUUAGCUACAGGAGGGAGGGUUCGCACCGGGAUGUGGAGCAACACAAAGCCGCCCACGAUGACCAUAAGAAACUGGCCGAGUGUCUGGGAGUCCCACAUGACAAACCGUACACCUACGACGGAGUGGCAGAUUUCUGCCACAAGAAGUCCGCUCCAGAAUCAAAACAGGGCCAGUCCUGAGUGGAAUGAAGAGGAAGAGUCAACCUCUAUGAAGAAAGAGCGAUUAAAACACAUUAAAAACCUAUUAGCAUGUCUG